AUGGCUGCCAAAGAAGAGGUAGCAUCACCGAGUGAAUCAAGACCAACAUCAACAGGGUCUGGAUUGGAGAACAUAGCCACAGAUGAUCUCUAUUCGAGAUACAAGAAAUUACAACAGCAGCUGGAAUUCCUAGAAGUACAAGAAGAAUACAUCAAAGAUGAACAGAGAAAUCUCAAGAAAGAAUUCCUUCAUGCCCAAGAAGAGGUCAAACGUAUUCAGAGCGUUCCUCUUGUCAUCGGUCAGUUCCUAGAAGCUGUUGACCAGCACACUGGUAUUGUAGGGUCAACAACAGGUUCUAACUCCUAUGUACGUAUCCUGAGUACGAUAGAUCGUGAGUUGUUGAAGCCAAGUGCCAGUGUUGCCCUACACAAGCACAGUAAUGCAUUGGUAGACGUCUUACCACCAGAGGCUGAUAGUAGUAUUAUGAUGCUGGGUACAGAUGAGAAGCCUGACGUGGUGUAUUCAGACAUCGGUGGUAUGGACAUGCAGAAGCAAGAGAUACGUGAAGCCGUCGAGCUCCCUCUAACGCACUUUGACCUCUACCAACAGAUUGGUAUUGAUCCUCCGAGGGGUGUGCUUAUGUUCGGUCCUCCGGGCUGCGGUAAAACCAUGUUAGCUAAGGCUGUAGCACACCAUACAACAGCUGCUUUCAUUCGAGUUGUUGGUUCAGAGUUUGUUCAGAAGUACCUUGGUGAAGGACCUCGUAUGGUGAGGGAUGUGUUCAGACUCGCUAAAGAGAACGCCCCGGCAAUCAUCUUCAUUGAUGAGAUUGAUGCCAUUGCUACAAAGAGAUUUGAUGCUCAGACCGGAGCUGAUCGAGAGGUUCAAAGAAUUCUUCUAGAGUUACUCAAUCAGAUGGAUGGCUUUGAUCAGAAUGUCAAUGUUAAGGUUAUCAUGGCAACGAAUCGAGCCGACACCCUUGACCCCGCCCUAUUGAGACCGGGCCGUCUAGAUCGUAAGAUUGAAUUUCCACUGCCGGACAGACGUCAGAAGCGUCUUAUCUUCAGUACCAUCUGUGCUAAGAUGAAUCUAUCCGAUGAAGUCGAUCUAGAAGAUUACGUAGCAAGACCGGACAAGAUAUCAGGAGCUGAUAUCAAUGCUAUCUGCCAAGAGGCUGGCAUGCAAGCUGUGCGUGAGAAUCGGUAUGUAAUCCUGGCAAAGGACUUCGAGAAAGGCUACCGGAACAACAUCAAGAAGGACGAGACUGAACAUGAAUUCUACAAAUAAACCAUCAAUGAAUAGGGGCCCCAUAUCACAAAACUUAACAAUUCAUCUUAUGAUUGAUUGUACAUAGUCAUCAAUGCGAUCAGUUGUAAAGAAAUGGUUCUACAAUCAAUUGUUCAGUUUUGUGGAACAAGGCCUAGGCAGAGAUUAAUUUAAGCAUAAUAACUAUGUGCAGACUCCCUAAGGCUCAUAUUCACCAAGGCGGUUUCAAUUGUACCAUGGUAUAUGCGGAUUUUGUAUGAAUAAAGUCUGAUAAAUCAAUGUACGCUUUUGGCAAAAGGCGCUAAAUUCAUGCUUGAAUGAAUCGCAAUAGUACAAGAAAUCUGCAUAAACCAUGGUCAUGUGCUAUGUUUCAAUUGAAAUCUCUUUUGAGAAUACGGCCUUUGUGUCCACAUGUGGUCUAGACUUGAAAGGAUUAACCCUAACUCCUUACCAUACUUGGCUAGUUUAACACUUCUCUGACCAGACUGAGACCCUCACCCCCAUAGUCUAAUACCCCUUUCAUAAACCCAAUAAAACAUAUCCUCCAAUUAGCCGCCUUAGAGUAGUGCGGAUAAUUCAAUAAAAAUUGCGUUCACAAACUCCAUAAAUUAUUUUUACGAGCGCCCGUCCUGAAAAAGGCGGAUAAUCGUCAUGACAACUGGACACGCCCCCUCCAAUGUGGUUGUGUUGGAAAAGGGUGACCUUGUGACCGCACCAUGGCAAUUAUCCGCAUUAUUUGGAAAUACGUUCAUAAACUCAAAAUCUUGUCCCGAUGCCGCUAUUAUGCGGAUAAUAGCAGCAUCAGAAUAAUGCGGAUAACUCUUGUCCUCUGAUUUUACGACCAAAUUAUGCUGCUAUUAGCCGCAUAAUUGUGUUUUAUUGGGUUUAUGAAAGGGGUAUUAGCUGUGAUCAUAGAAACGCUGAUUAUAAAAGCUGAUUGUAAACUCAGAAAACAAGUGGGCUAUCAGCAUUUUUGCAGAAACAUAAACAUGAUAUCAAUUCUAAAUUUGUUUAAAAUGACACCAUUAUAAACACACGCAAGGUUGAUUGAAAUUAACGUCCCUGCUCUUUUCGAAAAAGCGGGCAUCCAAAAUCGGGUCAAAGUAGCAUUCAAGACAUCUUGGAAAAAUGUGUUUGCAAUGAACGUUACAAAAUGAUCAUUUUGCCUUAGCAAACGAAGAAUAAACACACCCAUAGUUAUUCAAGGUUACAGGUUGAGUAGAAUGUCGUUUAUCGUGCCAUUUAUCAGUAAUUACCACUCUCCACCCGGGAGAAAAGAGCAGCUCUUAAUGUCCAAGGAUUGAAGGGUGUCUUCUUAUUUUUCUCUCAUAAGAGCUUCAAGAUUGAAUUAUUAGUUUUAGAUAUGUUUAAAACGUGUAAUUAAUUCCUUUAUUUUGUAUUAUGUUUCAUUGUGUAUUGAUAAUUUUCAGUAGGUAAAGAUGUAUUAAAGUUAAAAAAAAAAGAA